AUGCAACCUCUUCUCGUCCGUCCACCCCCCGUCUCACCACCUCUCAACCCACCACCCCUUGCCUCACCACAUCUCGACCCACCACCCCUUGCCUCACCACCUCUCGACCCACCACCCCUUGCCUCACCACCUCUCGACCCACCACCCCUCCUCCAACCACCUCUCGCCCCACCACCCCUCAAUCAUCCUCCCUUCACCCCUCAAGCCUCUCAAAACUCUCGCACCCAUCUCACCCCUCCAGCCUCACCAUCCCCUCAAACCCCUCGCACCCCUCUAUCCCCCAAGACCCCACCAUUAUCUCCAGCCCCUGCUGCCCUGCAUAACCCCACAGCCCCUGCUGCCCUGCAUACCUCCCUUGCAGCCCCUCGCACCCCGCCAUUAUCUCCAGCCCCUGCUGCCCUGGAGGACACCGCAGCCUGGCAGCAGUUGACAGCGUGUGUGCGGCGCUUUCCCCCAGACACCCGCCUGGUGUGCACCCCUCAUAACCUCUCAGCACCCCUGGGAAAUCUCUCCGCACAAGCAGAGAGUCAGGGUGAAAGGCUGCUGGCAGGGAUGGCAGGGCUGGGAGGGGCGGGAUGGGCGGGAUGGCUAGCAGGGCUGGGAAUGCUGAAAGAGUGGGGAGGGGUGAGGAAAGGUGCGAGGGCCACGUGUAUAGGUGAGCGGCAAAAGGCUGGUGUGGACAGUGGUGGAGAUGGGCGGGUGGAGAGUGGUAGAGAUGUGAGGGUGGAGAGUGGUAGGGGAGGGCGGUUGGAGAGUGGUGGAGAUGGGCGGCUAGAGAGGGAGGUGGCUUUGUGGGUGGAGGCGGCGUGCAAGGCGAGAGGGGAGGGCGAGUGGAUGGUGGUGAUGGCGUGUGAGGAUACGGGCGGUGGUAUUCCACCCGACGAGAUGCGCUGGGUGCUCGACCGGUAUGGGGGCGACCCUCACCACUCCGCGUGCUCCCCUGCUGCUGAUGAUGAUGGUGCCAAUGGUGCUGGUGGUGCUGAUGGUGCUAAUGGUGGUGGCGGUGAUGCUGCUGGUGGUGGGCGUGGUGACAGCAAGAAGCAACGAAGAGACGCU